UGCGGUGGCGGCGGCCGAGCUAGCGGGGCGGGGGCGCGGGGCGCGGCGCGCGCGGAGAGUCCGCUCCGGCCGGAGGUGCCGGGGCCCGGCCGGGAGCGAACAGCGCCGGCAGCGCAGCGGAGCCCGCCGCCUGGGACAUGGCCAAGGCGGGCGGCGCAGAAUGUUCUCUCUCUUGGCUGCAAACCAUAGAACAUAACCUGGGUGGCCCUUCCCCGGGUGGCGGUGCCCCCUGGCACCUUCAGAAUGUCCUCAGUGAUUCGGUGGAGAGUUCAGAUGAUGAAUUCUUUGAUGCUAGAGAGGAGGUGGCUGAAGGUAAGAGUGCCAUCCUUAUUGGAAUGAGCCAGUGGAGCUCCAAUGACCUGGUGGAGCAGAUUGAGACCAUGGGCAAGCUGGAAGAGCAUCAAGGAGAAGGGGCCACAGCGUGUACGUCCAGCAUCUUGCAGGAGAAACAGCGAGAACUGUAUCGGGUGUCCCUAAGAAGACAAAGGUUCCCAGCUCAAGGAAGCAUUGAGAUCCAUGAAGACGGAGAGGAAGGCUGCUUACAGCGUUCCUGCAAGACGCAUGUCCUCCUGCUGGUGCUGCACGGGGGCAAUGUCCUAGACACCGGUUCUGGUGACCCUUCCUGCAAGGCGGCCGACAUUCACACCUUCAGUUCUGUGCUGGAGAAGGUCACGCGUGCCCACUUCCCUGCUGCCCUGGGCCACAUUCUCAUCAAAUUUGUCCCUUGUCCUGCCAUCUGCUCAGAGGCUUUCUCGCUCGUCUCUAACCUGAACCCCUAUAGCCACGACGAGGGCUGCCUCAGCGCCAGCCAGGACCAUGUUCCCCUGGCUGCCCUUCCUCUGCUGGCCAUCUCCUCUCCACAGUACCAGAAUGCUGUUGCCACUGUCAUCGAGCGAGCCAACCACAUCUAUGGAGAGUUUCUCAAGUCCUCUGAUGGGAUUGGCUUCAGUGGGCAGGUGUGUCUCAUCGGGGACUGUGUGGGCGGCCUCCUGGCUUUCGAUGCCAUCUGCUACAGUGCGGGGCCCUCAGGGGACAGUCCUGGCAGCAGCAGCCGGAAGGGAAGCAUCAGCAGUACCCAGGACACCCCUGUGGUGGAGGAGGACUGUGAUCUGGCCAGCAGUAAGCGUCUCAGCAAGAGUAACAUCGAUGUAUCCAGUGGAGUGGAGGAUGAGGAGCCCAAAAGGCCAUUGCCACGGAAACAGAGCGACUCCUCCACCUAUGACUGUGAGGCCAUCACCCAGCACCACGCUUUCCUCUCAAGCAUCCACUCCAGUGUGCUGAAGGAUGAGGCCGAGGUUCCUGCAGCUGGCACACCCCAGCUCGCUGAGGUCAGCCUGGGUCGCUUUGACUUUGACGUGUCUGACUUCUUCCUCUUUGGCUCACCCCUGGGCCUCGUCCUGGCCAUGCGGAGGACAGUGCUGCCUGGGAUAGAUGGUUUCCAGAUGCGGCCUGCCUGUAGCCAGGUCUACAGCUUCUUCCACUGUGCGGAUCCCUCUGCCUCACGGCUUGAGCCACUGUUGGAGCCCAAGUUCCACCUGGUGCCUCCUGUCAGCGUGCCUCGCUACCAGAGGUUCCCCCUGGGCGACGGACAGUCUCUCCUGCUCGCUGAUGCCCUGCACACCCACAGUCCCCUAUUCCUGGAGGGCAGCUCCCGGGGAAGCCCCCCACUUCUGGAUGCCUCUGCCUCGCCCCCUCAGGCCCCAAGAUUCCAGCGGCCAGGACGGAGGCUAAGUGAAGGCAGCUCCCAUAGCGACAGUUCGGAGUCCUCAGACAGCCUGGCACCUAUGGGAGCCUCCCGCAUCACAGCCAAGUGGUGGGGAACCAAGAGGAUUGACUAUGCCCUGUAUUGCCCCGAUGUCCUCACCGCCUUCCCCACUGUGGCCCUACCCCACCUCUUCCACGCCAGCUACUGGGAGUCUACCGAUGUGGUUGCCUUCAUCUUAAGACAGGUGAUGCGUUAUGAGAGCGCAAGUGUGAAGGAGAGCACUGGCCUGGACCCCAUGGCUCUGAGCCCCACUAACCCCCGGGAGAAGUGGCUGCGCAAGCGGACCCAGGUCAAGUUGCGGAAUGUCACUGCGAACCACCGUGCUAAUGAUGUAAUUGCGGCUGAAGAUGGCCCCCAGGUCCUGGUGGGGCGCUUCAUGUAUGGCCCUCUUGACAUGGUGGCUCUGACUGGAGAGAAGGUGGACAUCCUAGUGAUGACAGAGCCAUCGUCAGGCCGCUGGGUCCACCUGGACACAGAGAUCACCAACAACAGUGGCAGGAUCACAUACAGUGUGCCGCGGCCCCGGCGCCUGGGGGUUGGUGUCUACCCUGUAAAGAUGGUGGUCAGGGGUGACCAGACCUGUGCGAUGAGCUACCUCACAGUGCUGCCCCGAGGCAUGGAGUGUGUUGUGUUCAGUAUUGAUGGAUCCUUUGCGGCUAGUGUGUCUAUCAUGGGAAGCGACCCCAAGGUCCGGCCAGGUGCAGUGGAUGUUGUUCGGCACUGGCAGGACCUGGGCUACAUGAUCCUUUACAUCACCGGGCGGCCAGACAUGCAGAAGCAGCGGGUGGUGUCGUGGCUGUCCCAGCACAACUUCCCACAGGGCAUGAUCUUCUUCUCGGACGGACUGGUGCACGACCCGCUGAGGCAGAAGGCCAUCUUCCUUCGCAACCUCAUGCAGGAGUGCUUCAUCAAAAUCACUGCAGCCUACGGCUCCACGAAAGACAUAUCGGUCUACAGUGUGCUGGGCCUCCCUGCAUCCCAGAUCUUCAUCGUGGGCCGGCCCACCAAGAAGUACCAAACCCAGUGCCAGUUCCUGAGUGAAGGCUAUGCCGCACACCUGGCGGCACUGGAGGCCAGCCACCGCUCGCGCCCCAAGAAGAACAACUCGCGGAUGAUCCUGCGCAAGGGCAGCUUCGGGUUGCAUGCGCAGCCGGAGUUUCUGCGCAAGCGCAACCACCUGCGCAGGACCAUGUCAGUGCAGCAGCCGGACCCACCCGCCCCUAACCCCAAGCCCGAGCGGGCACAGAGCCAGCCGGAGUCCGACAAGGACCACGAGCGGCCGCUGCCUGCGCUCAGCUGGGCUCGUGGGCCCCCCAAGUUCGAGUCGGUGCCCUGAAGGGUGGGCGGUGCUCAGAACAGUGGGGGCAGUUAGGCGGCCUGCAGGGAAGGGAAGGGUUGCCUUCUCCCUGAUAAAGGCAUUUUCCUGCUUUUUCCCUCCCGUGUCUGUCCAGCAGUGUCCGACCAGAGCAGGGAGGGACCUUGCCCUGACACUGGGGAGCUUUCUGGGCUGCUAUGGGGUGAAAUCGGGGUGUCUCAGUGCAGCCACCGCCGCUUCCCCGUGCCUGUGCUCACAAGCCGGAGUCAGGGGUGAUAUGUGAGUGACCCUUGGGCCAAGCCUGCCUGUGCCCAUUGUUUGGGUAAAGUUGACCAUCUUUUCGAGUCCUGAGGUUUCUGUAGCUGUGCUAGGCAGGCUCAAACUAGAGAAGCCCCCGGAAGCCCCCGCGCUAGGUAGACUGCCAGACAGGUGUUUACCUCUGGCCGCUUGCAGGUGCGACAACUUGACUGUAUGUAGAAGAGUGAGUGGCAUUUGUGCCUGCCCUCCUUGUGACAUCUGGGGCACCACUUUGGGGCUGGCUGUCUUAUGACACAGUGAGAUCACUUUAUGGGAGAGGACAUUCUCUGGGUCCAAUCUGUGUAUGUGGAGUCGAUCCACAACCCCUGGGGACUGGGUCUGGUGCUGACUGUCUGUCUUGCAGCUGUCCUUUGCUCCCCUUCUUGUUCUCCUGUGGCCCUUGAAGACAGAUGUUCCUCUUCCUUGAGUCUUGCCUUGUGCACUUCCCUGAGAGGCUGCAGCCAUGGGCUCUGCCCCAAAUUGGUCUGGCUACAGUCCGUAGCAUAUCCUCUUUGGGCCCUGCCUUUUUCUGUAACUAGAAGGGGCCUCUUGGCUGAGAAGGGUCCUGGGUUUGAUUCCGAGGCUAUACAGCAUUUGUGCUCUCUGGGGCUUCACAGAAUGCCCAGUGGGCCUCCCUCCAUUCCAGCCCUCCCCACCCUGGGAUAGAGAUUCUAGAUGGGACUGAAAGGGAGCCUAGCACCCCAGAGGAAGGAAGCCACAACUUCGUGGAGAAAUAAGCUUGUUUGUGUACACUGAGGGAAACAGAAAGUGCUUCGUUCCGCCAACAAAGGGGACAACAUGGUGGCCCCUUCCAUAGCUCUGCUCGGACUGGCUUUUUCUCUUUAGGUUUUCUGGAAUGCACAGAACUGAGAUCUUGGGUUCUGGAGGUUCAUGGAAUAUUGACUCAAGCUGUAGUAAUCUCUUCCCCUCCCUGGCAACUCAGUUAAGUUUGAGCAUAGAAUCUCCUCUAGGGUAGUCAGACACCUUACGGUGGUGGCAGGGGGUGUUUCUUUGCUGCCGAGUCCCUGGCCUUGGCGACUUUCCCCCUUGCUCCGUGGCCCAGGCUGACACCUGUUGUAUGGCUGCCUGGGUGUCUUAGAACCCCCUGGGCCACCACAGAGGCUAGAGCCAAAUAUCUGCGUACACAGCAGGCUCCUGUCAGCUCGGUGUCGCUUCUGUUCGAUGUCUACCUCUUGCAGCUCCCAUGCAGCCUGUGGUGGCUGCUGAUGGGGGUGACUGGCACUAGGUUGUGAGUUGCUCAGCAAACUGGGUGCCUCACUUGGGCUGGAGGGGGUGUGGGUUCCCAGUACCCACCCGGCUUUUCCCACCCAAAUAUCUUCUUCAGCCUGCCAGCUCCUGUUCCCUCUGCCCAUGCCAUCCUAUCUGCCAGCUCCUGUUCCCUCUGCCCAUCCCAUCCUAUCUGCCAGCUCCUGUUCCCUCUGCCCAUGCCAUCCUAUCUGACAGCUCCUGUUCCCUCUGCCCAUCCCAUCCUAUCUGACAGCUCUUUCAGCGGCAUCAGCACUGUACCUGGCAAACCAUGCCCAUCACUGCCAGGGGGCUGCAGAGAGGGCAAGGCAGUAUGGAACCAGCUUCAGCUUCCUCUUUCUAUUCUGCCUCUUAGAAGUUCAUACCUGCCCCCCAUUUCUCUUAGAAGUUUAUACAUGCCCCCCAUUUCUCUUAGAAGUUAUACUUGCCCCCGCUGCCCCACACCACCUUCCUCCACCAUUCCGCACUGUCUUUUGGCACCAACUCAUAUGGUAUAACCACCUUAACUACAGUCCUUUCCCCUAAAUGCUGUGAUUUGAGCUUGGAUAGACAUGACUGAUUCUCCUCCCAGCAGGAGCCACUGAGUCUAACUUUCAAAUGAUAAACACCUCUCCCUUUUCUGAGAACCCCAGACUGAGUGUUUGUGUGAGUGGGGGACCCCCAGGGAGACUGGAGCCAGUGACCGGGCUCUGUGGGUCAGAGCCAGCCAGAGGCCCCACUCCUCUUUUGCUAGAGCCUCACACUGGGGCUAGGGUGAUCCCUUUUGUGGGAUGCCGCUGGUGUACAGGUGUUGUGAAUACCACCCUAGGAGCCGUGGCGCCUGUGUGAAGUACGCGCUCACUGCUCUGUUUAGAGAACAGCUCAGUCUUGGCUUCCUGGCAACUGUACUCUGCGUGUGCUUUCUGCUAGUUCUGUGUUCAGUUAGGUCAGAGAUCAGAGGAACUGAUACCUAGUGUUCUCCAGAGGAGAGUGCCGUUGCCUCCUCCAGUACUUCUGUGACGCCCCAUCCAGCUGUUUUCUAGAGACCUCUAGCUCCCGGUGUGCCUGCUCUCCAGCUGCUGAAACACGUUCCUGCUUGACCAAAGUUUCCGUAUCUGAGUGGCAUGUUUGUUUUUCCCAUGUGGUAGCCGUCCUGACCUGGCUGAGGGACACCUAACACCUUCCCUUAUCCCUCGUCCUGUUGUGGGUUGCUGGAGUCUGCUCUUUCAGCCUCAUGCCCCUCACCCCUAAAGACUGACCCCCUGAAGCAUCACAAGAUAUUUUUUAAAGAAAAUAAAUUAUUUUCAUGCAUUCAGACGAACAGCCUUCCCGCCUGGGUGCUGGGCUACAUCAAAUGUAUCUGAACCCCAGUAUUCCUGAGAUUGGGGUGGUUCUCUGAAGAAGGGAAAGCUGUAUCUAAUGGUUUUUAAACUGUACUUUGGGCACUCCGCAGCCCAGAGCUGUGCCCUGGAAGUAUCCUGCAGACAAAACAUGGCACCUAUCUUUAAUUGGGGAAUGGACCCUGCCAGACCGAUGUGCCCAGGUCUGGAGGAGGUGCCACUUUUGCAGGCAUACUCUCCACUCAGCUCAGGUGAAGCCCCAUCUGGGAGGGGCACCCUGACUGUAGGAGCCUUGCAGUUGACCCCGCCUUAAACAACCACUUUCCAGCGGAAUCCCCGGGGUUCCAUUCCAAGUGCUCUGAAAAUUAAAAAAAAAAAAAAUCCCUUUUCUUUCCCUUCUGGGCUAGGGAGGAAUUUCUUAUACACCCAAGUUAAAUGUUUAGUACAAGUAGCAAAGCCCUGAUCUUGCUGGUAAACUAACAGGGAGGUUGGGAAAAAAAAAUCAGUAUUUGACUCCACCCUAUGAUGGUGCAGAAGAGGUAGGGGACACCAAGGAAUGGUAGGCACAGUGGCAGGGUGGGACAUGCCCCUCAGACCCAGACCCACUGUCCUUUUCUUUGUUUACUCAGUGGUGGCAGCCAGUCUGACCUUGUCUGUGGUCUGCCUGUCCCUGUGUGUGUAACUUCCAGUACUCGCUGUGAUGGCUGGUUCUGUGAUAGAAAAGGCUUAUUACAGUCCUCAUGGCUGCCUUGUACAAAAUCCGUUAGAAGAGAAAAUGUAAAAUAUCCAAUUUCUAACAAGACAAAAACAGCAUUAUGGAAUUAAAAAGAUUUUUACAAUUGGUCUUGAUUUUGAUGUGAGCUGUUUUUAACUGAAAUGUUGUCACUUAAAUAAAAACCUUAUUUGCCUUU